AUGACCAGGCUAAAGAACACCAUCCUGUACGCCCGCCUCGUGUUUGACAAGAACAUCAACGACCCCGAUGCUCACGAAAAGUUUCAAACCAUGGCCUCUGCCUACGAAAUUCUCAAUGACCCUCAAAUGCGCGAAGUCUACGAUGCUCAUGGGAUGGAAGGCGUAAGUAAAGGCCCUGGUGGCCCUGACUUCAUGGAUCCCAACGACAUGUUCGCCCAAUUCUUUGGGGGCAACCCAAUGUUCGGGUUCAGCUUUGGCCCCGGAAGGAAGCGAACAAAAGGCGAAGAUUCCGUCAUACCUUAUGAGGUGUCGUUGGAGGACCUCUACAACGGGAAAACCAUCAAAAUGAACAUGGAGAAGGACGUUAUUUGCUCUGGGUGCAAGGGUUCAGGCGCGCGGGGCAACGCAAAACCAAAGACAUGCUCCACAUGUGAUGGAAAGGGAUGGACAACGAUAAAUCCAGGACCUCGACAAGUCUCUCGAGUGCAGUGCCGUGAUUGCAAAGGCGUUGGUGAAAGACUCAAGGAGAAGGAACGGUGCAAGAAAUGUAAGGGAGAGUGUGUGGUCAAGGAGAAGACAAGGCAGGAGAUUCAUAUUGAGAAGGGCAUGGCGGACAAGCAACGAAUCGUUCUCGCCGGUGCGGGCGACCAACAGCCUGACAUUCCCGCCGGAGAUGUUAUCUUCGUUCUCAAAGCCCAAAAGCACGAAUCCUUCCAAAGGAUAGGCAACGAUCUCUUGACCCAGGUCAAGAUCACCCUGAGCGAAGCCCUUCUCGGAUUCUCCAGGAUCCUUGUUACUCACCUCGACGGUCGUGGCAUUCGUGUCAGCAGCCCUCCAGGGAAGAUCAUUAAUCCCAACGAUGCUAUCAUCCUUCGCGGGGAGGGAAUGCCUAUCUUCAAACGACCAGACGACAAGGGAGACCUGCACGUCGUCCUCACCGUUGAGAUGCCCGACGCUGAUUGGCUUAAUACAGUGGACAUCAAGGCAUUGUCGACACUUCUGCCUCCCAAGAAGGAAGACAUCGAACCCCUUCCUGAGAUCGUGGACGAAGCAAACUACGAGGAAUCGGAUAUCGGUGAACUGCACUCCACCUUCCUUGACCAGGAAUUGGAGGCGCAAUUCGAGGAUGACUGGGAAGACGAAGAUUCCGACGACGAUAUACACGGCCAGCCCGAAUGUCAACCACAGUAA